UAGAAGUUGCACUUCCAGUUACUUUGUCAUCUAAGACAGCUGAAAUAUCUAAAGUAAUCGAUCCCAAACCUGAAUUCAUAGUUGCAGAACCUGAACCUGAUUCAUUUAUAAUCAAUAAGUCUAUCAAAUCUGAAAGUAAUAAUUUUAUGAAACUUAUAGUUGAAAAAAAUGGUAGACAAUAG